UGAAAUAAAUAAAGAACGAUUCGCAGAAGAGCCCCAACACUUACAAAUUUAUUGUAACGAACCCUGGACACGGCGAGUAUACCUCAGCAAUUAUACUUGUAAGAAGCAGGGGCAGCAAAAAGCUUCGUUACAGAAAUUAAGUAUAUCUGAAGAUAUACCAAACCUCAACUCUGUUGCGAUGAUGUUGGAUCAAAAGCUGAGGAAAAGAUUUGAACCAUAUUUUACUUUGCCCCCGUCAGCAGAUAUUACAAUAGCUGCAGCUGUAUUGACUCCAGAUGUGAAGACUGACUGGAUCGAGGCGUUGCAGGACACACUUCCGCAUUUGACGGAAGAAAGCAUCAACAACAGAGUGAUUAAAAGCAUUAGGGAGGCCCUAACAAAAAACAACCAUGCUUUAAAAGCGAUUUCUAAAAGAUUGGGUUGUUCUCCAAGGCAAAGAUCGAAGUAUGACUUCAAACGUGCCGGUGAUGGUCAAGACACAAGUGCCACCGCGUCAGCUCCACAAAGUGUUGAUGUGAGAGCUGCGAUAGCAAACCAAUAUUACAGUUAUUUAAAUGACCAAUCGAUGACUGAUAGUACCUGGGACCGAUAUCCAUUGCUGAAAGAGGCAUUUGUGAAAUUCAAUACCCCACUGCCAUCAUCGGCACCUGUUGAACGUCUUUGUUCAUUUGCGAGGAUAAUAAAUAGCCCAAGGAGAGGUUCAUUGACAGACUUUUCUUUUGAAAAGUUUGUUCUAAUGAAAGCAAAUUCGAAGUGGUUAUGAGUGUUUUUUGUUGAAUUAUUGUUAAUUUAUAAUUUUGUUUUUUGUUGAAUUAUUGUUUAUUUUUGUUGUAAAUGAAAUUGAAUUAUUCAUUUGUGUUUAAUUUGAAGUGCUUAUUCAAUAUUUAGUUUUAAAUUUGAACAAUGAAUUGCAUAUUGUUAAAUAAAAAUAAUGAACAAUAUAUAAGAAAUAUAAAAAUGUCAUUUAUUUGUGUUAUUUCUUUUAGAUAUUGGUUUCAAAAUUGUAAGUAAUUGAAAGUACUUGAAAAGAAUUGAAAAUAGAUUCAAGUACAUUUUUCAAUUCUUUUCAAAUAAUUUUAAAUAUUUGUUAAAAUUUUAAGUAUUUU